GUAGAUAGAUACAGUACAUAAUAAUAACUCUUUUCCCAUCUGUCUCAGAAACCGCAGAAAAACCUUUCUUUUCAAACAAGCAAAAAGAGAAGAAGAAGUAAACGCCUCGUCACCGGAAAAUCACUUAGGUUUCGCCGUUAAGUUGAUCGUGUUUACUUGGAAGAAUCGGCCAUGGAGGAUCAUCUUCAGAUUUCUCCGGCCGGGGUAAAGGCGAGUCCAGGAAAAGAGCAACGAGCCGCUGGAUAUGGAAUACUUCUUCAGAUCUCGAUGCUUGUACUAUCCUUUGUUAUUGGACAUGUGCUUCGUCGUCGUCGUUUCUAUUAUAUUCCUGAAGCAAGUGCCUCUCUUUUGAUUGGUUUGAUUGUUGGUGGAUUCGCUAAUGUUUCAAAUACAGAAGCAAGCAGUAGGGCAUGGUUUAACUUCCAUGAAGAGUUUUUCUUCCUCUUUUUACUGCCACCGAUCAUAUUUCAGUCAGGAUUUAGUCUAUCACCUAAACCAUUCUUUUCAAACUUUGGAGCAAUUAUCACUUUUGCUAUUGUAGGAACUUUCAUUGCUUCUUUUGUUACUGCUGUUCUGGUUUACCUUGGUGGAGUUACGUAUCUCAUGUAUAGACUUCCAUUUGUAGAGUGUCUGAUGUUUGGAGCUCUUAUAUCGGCAACUGAUCCUGUCACUGUUCUGUCUAUUUUUCAGGAGCUUGGCACUGACGUGAACCUAUAUGCUUUAGUGUUUGGGGAAUCUGUUUUAAAUGAUGCAAUGGCAAUUUCCUUGUACAGGACAAUGUCACUGGUCAGAAGCCACAUGUCAACUGAUCAGAAUUACUUCAUGAUAACCAUCCGAUUUGUUGAAACUUUUAUGGGCUCCCUGUCAGCUGGUGUUGGAGUUGGAUUUGUUUCUGCUUUGCUUUUCAAAUAUGCUGACUUGGAUAUUGACAACCUUCAGAACUUGGAGAGCUGUUUGUUUGUCCUCUUUCCAUAUUUCUCAUAUAUGCUAGCAGAGGGACUUGGUCUCUCUGGCAUAGUGUCUAUAUUGUUCACUGGAGUUGUUAUGAAGCGCUAUACGUACCCGAAUUUAUCAGAAAGUUCACAGCGAUUCGUGUCGGCGUUUUUUCAUUUGAUAUCAUCAUUGGCUGAAACUUUUGUAUUUAUAUAUAUGGGAUUUGAUAUUGCAAUGGAAAAACAUAGUUGGUCCCAUGUGGGAUUUAUCUUCUUCUCAAUUCUGUUCAUUGUGAUUGCGAGGGCUGCCAAUGUGUUUGGUUGUGCAUAUUUGGUGAAUCUUGUGCGACCGUCACACCAGAAGAUACCAGCAAAACAUCAAAAAGCACUCUGGUACAGUGGACUUCGAGGCGCUAUGGCUUUUGCCCUUGCUUUGCAGUCAGUCCACGAUCUUCCUGAAGGUCAUGGUCAGACAAUAUUCACUGCUACCACUGCCAUUGUUGUAUUAACGGUUUUGAUUAUUGGAGGAUCAACAGGAACCAUGCUAGAAGCCUUGGAAGUUGUGGGUGAUGGUCAAUCUGGCUCCUUAGAUGAAACCUUUGAGGGGAGCAAUGGAUAUAUAGCUCCUUCUUAUAGUGAUGAAUCUUAUGACGGUGAACCGUCAUCAGGGAACAGGUUCAGGAUGAAACUUAAGGAGUUCCACAAGAGUACUACUUCAUUCUCAGCAUUGGACAAAAACUACCUCACACCAUUCUUUACUACUCAAGGUGGAGAUGAAGAUGAAGAUGAGCCAAUAAUACACAGGUCCAGAGGAGCCGGUUAUGAUGGCCACAACUGACUUUCAAAUAGCACAAUCAAAAUUUCAAGAUGACAAGAUUAGUACAAAUCACAUUUUGCUGCAAAGAUAAAAUCAACCUCAAGUAUACUCAGCGGACAAUGAGUGGCUUGUAAGUAUGCAUCAAUUAUGACGAAAAGUUUAGAUUCUUUAGGGGGUACAAAGAAUAACGGGUGGCAAUUCAGUGUAGGAAGUUUAGGAUUUAGCAUACCUAGCAAAGCAAAAUCAUCUGAUAUCCCUUGUAUAUGAAUGUUUAAAGCCAGGAAUAGGAACGGGAACAGCACUGCGAGUGGCUUCUAUAUUCUGAAAUGGCGAUAUGAUUCGCUGAUCUUUAACUUUUACAAAUUAGUGUAAAGUAAUUGCAUAUUCCACUAAGCUUUUAGUGUGUUGCUUCGUGCAGCCUAUUUAUCAGCUUCACUUUCACAAGCGAUGUGGAUCAUUACUGCCUUGAAUAGUCUGUUUUAAGGUUACUGUUAAUGAAAAAAAAACAGAAGAAAAAUUCAACCA